AAAAAAAUAAAUUAAGUCGUAUGGGUUUGUCUCUAAAAUUAUCUUAAGUAAAUUCGCCUUGUAUUUUUGUUUGCAUUUCUUUCCCAUAAAGACGACUGACUAUAUUUUACUUAACUUUUAAUAAAACAUAAUAGUUUACUUAGAAAAUGGAAAAAUUGAACGCCACUUUAAAUGCUGUAAAAGCCUUGCGUUCAAGUGUUCGCCAGUGUUUUGAACAAUUGGCUGAUGGCACGACGAAACAAGUGGAUGGUACUGGUGUCGAACAGUCUGAGGAGAGCCGCAAUAAAUUUUUAGUUGAAUUUCAGGAAAACUAUGGAAAUAUUAACCAACAAUUAAGAGAAGUAGAGUCGUUAAUAAAUGGCCUGCAAGUUCCCAUGAGCCCUUAUUAUUUGGGAAAUACUACCUAUUUGGCUCAGGAAAUAACACAAGAUCGUCAAGCUAUGUACCCUCAAUUGGUUAACAGUUACAAAUGGAUCGAUAAGGUUCACGAGCACAGCCUUUUGGCUUUUAAUAAUUUAAAUUUGAAUAACUUGAGAAGAUCCUAUACAUAUUCGCAAAAAAGAGGUCGUGUCCAAUACACGUCAUGCAACAAUACCGAUCCAGAAUUCAUCGAUAAUCUUUUCAAUAGUGAAAUUACUCAUACAAAUACCACCUACAAAGUUUGUCGACCAUUUAGCUCCAAUGCAGUAGUCAUUGCCACAAUAAGUCAUGUUUUGAAAGCGGCUAUAAUCUGCAAAGGUGUAUUAAUCGAAUGGGUGACUGUGAAGGGUUACGAUGAACCAUUAGAAAUUGAAGAUCUCUGGACCGAAUCUCGCUAUGAAGUAUUUCGCAAAGUGCAAGAACAUACACACUCGGCCAUGUUGCAUUUCUUUUCGCCAACGCUGCCUGAAUUGGCUGUUAAGAGCUAUAUGACCUGGCUUAACAGUUACAGUAAAUUAUUUUUGGAACCUUGCAAGCGAUGUGGAAAAUAUGUAUCAAACGGUUUACCACCGACUUGGCGUGAUUUAAGAACAUUAGAACCAUUCCAUGAAGAAUGCAAGAAUUGUUAGUUCGUUCAAAUAUUUAGUAAUUUAAGUUUAGAUACAAAUAAAACAACUAUAAAUUUUGUUUUGUUUUUUAA